AUGGAGGGAAUAAUAAUGCCCAAUGAGCAGAACCAGGUCGGCGCUUUUCCCCAUACCCCGAGUCCGAACACAAUCGGGCCCCUCGAGUGUUCCGUUGUUAGCUCUCCUGCGGGCCUCGCCUGUUUCAUCUGAUCUCAUCUGAUCUGUGCGAGCUUUGGUCUGCAAAAAUGCCUGAUGCCAUGCUAAAGACUGCUAUUCCCUCAGACCUUGUCCCUCAGACCUUGUCUCUCAGACCUUGUCCCCCGGACCCAGGUCAUCUUCUGACCUUGGUAGACUGUAGACUAGCUUGUACCUGCUUUUUCUGCUCCGCCUCCUCUUCCCCGUGCCCGUCCACAUCUCCAUCCAUCCCCAAGAAAUGCAAGCUUCCAGACCCCUUCCACAUCGCUUCUCUUAGCCACCCACACUCUCUCGCACACUCCCUCGCACCCCCUUCCUUCACCCACAUCGUCCGGCCCCGUCCCAUCCCGCUUCAUGCACCUCCCGGUGCCGGUGUCCAGCGAGCCCCGUCGCGGUCCCGUCACGCCCGUCACGGGAAGAGCAGAAACAGACGCUCAAAUGCACGGUUAAGUAAUAGUCGAAGUCCAGCGUCAGCAAAAGAGCUGCCGUCGCCGUUGCCCCUCCGACUUCGCCCGGCCCAAAACGUAGCAUGACGCUUCCUAUUUGUCGUAUGAUGGCCGGCCGUUGCGAGGCUCAUCCCCAACGCCAACGCCCCUGAGGCCUUUCAGGGCUUUUAGAGGC